CAGGCGCUCGCGCCCCACGAGGGGCCUUGCUCCUCCCCGCCGCUGCCCCCUCCGACGCCAACCCUGCGCAUGGUCGGCGACGGCAAGGGGGCAGUGACGGAGGGUGGGCCCUCAGGGGCCUCGCGCAGCAUCAAGCUGUACGAAAAGGUGGAGCAGGUUGGGGAGGGGACGUACGGCCAGGUGUACAAGGCGCGCUCGCGCGAGUCGGGUGAGAUUGUGGCGCUCAAGCGGGUGCGGAUGGACAACGAGAAGGAGGGCUUCCCGAUCACGGCCAUCCGCGAGAUCAAGAUCCUCAAGGUGCUCAACCACAAGAACAUCGUCCGCCUGCACGAGAUCGUGACCUCCGACGCGUCAGACUACAACCACGGCAAGGGCUCCAUCUACAUGGUGAUGGAGUACUGCGACCACGACCUGACCGGGCUGUCCGACUCGGGGCACCGCUUCUCGCCGGGGCAGAUCAAGUGCUACAUGAAGCAGCUCCUCGAGGGCAUCUGCUACUGCCACAAGAAUCACGUCCUCCACCGAGACAUCAAGGGCUCGAACCUUCUCAUAAACGAGUCGGGACAGCUCAAGCUCGCCGACUUUGGGCUCGCGCGCCCCUUUGACGACCAAUCAAAGGCGUACACCAACCGCGUCAUCACGCUGUGGUACCGGCCGCCCGAGCUGCUGCUCGGUGAGACGCACUACGGUCCCGCCAUCGACCUCUGGUCCGCUGGCUGCAUCCUCGCCGAGCUUCUCCUCCGCAAGCCCAUCCUGCCCGGCCGCAACGAGUUCGAGCAGCUCGACCUCGUCUUCAAGCUGCUCGGCACGCCGACGGAGCAGUCGUGGCCCGGCGUCUCCAAGCUCGCCUACUUCGACAUGAUGACCAAGCAGAACGGCGGCCGGCACUACAUGUCGCGCUUUGACGACAAGUUCGCCGCGCUCGAGCCGAUGGGCAAGGAUUUGCUCCGCAAGCUCCUCGCGAUGGACCCGUCCAGGCGCAUCACCGCCAAGGAGGCGCUCGACCACGACUACUUUUGGACACCCCCCCUGCCGACGAAGCCUGAAGACCUACCAAAGUACCCGGCCUGUCACGAGUUCACGGCCAAGAAACGGCGCCAGCAGGCCGCACAGAAUGUGCCGCCCGCCGCCGCCACGCAGCAGCAGCCCCAAGGGGCGACAACCCACUGGGCCGGCGCUCACCAGCGCCCCCAGCACGCGCCCUCGCAGCAACAGUACGGGGGCCACUACCAGCAGUAUGGCCAUGCUGCGCCGCAGUAUGGCCAGCCAUCGCAGCAGCAGUACGGACACCCGUCCCACGGCCCACCCUCCUUCGCCCCCGGCUACGCUGGGGCCGGCUACCACGGCGGAGGAGGAGUCAAGCGCGGACGGGAGCCGUACGACCCAACAAACCCGAGGGGGCCGCAAGGCGCGCUUUCCCUGCCCGUGAGCCGCGGCGGCCCGCCACAGCACGCGGGUCGCCCCGCAGGCUACGCCAACGGCUACGGCCGCUGAGCGCUCGCCGAGCGCCUGCUGAGGUGUGCCCGCCAGCGAGGGAGGCGGGAGGCGGCCGACGAGCAGGAGAUCGUGGCCGCGAGAUCGUGGCCGCGAGCAGGAGACCGCCUUGCAGCACAACAUGCACAGAGAAAAUCCAAAAACAAUGGGAUGGCUGGGCUUCAUCUACGCGAGGCGUGGAUUGCGCCACGGCGCGGCUCUGAACUGUGUCUGGUCCUCGUGAGCGCCGACAGCCGGUGCUGUCGGCGCUUCUUGCUUUCGCGAUCGUGCAGUGGCAGCGACACUGUGCGAGCUUUCUGUCCGUAGUAGCACAUAUUCUAUAGGAGGAGAUGUGGAGAGUCUUGGGUAUUGUUACACUCACGUGAUACAAUGUUUACAUUCAUCUGAAAUC